AUUUUAAAUUGUUUUCAUUUCCCACUGUCAAUAUUGACAUAGUACACAUUCUUUUUACCGUUUUUUACUACUAAUUUUGUGUGAAUUCAAAUAAUAUAAAAACGCUUCAAGAUGGGGACCAAUAUGUUAUCAGCAAAGAAAGUGAAAUUGCAUGGAUUACAAGACAAGCGAUGGACGGUUCAAGAUCAUCUAACGCAAUACAAGGGAUUGGUUAAUUUAUUUAAACGAGAUAAGAAAAUUGGUGAUAUGGACGCAAAAUUAAACAUAAAGAAGCAAAAGAAGGAGUACAAACAAUUAACUCGUCAAAUAGCUAUAAGUAGAGAAGAACUAAAGAAUUGCAUGUAUGGCGACCAACAAAAAAUACGAAAUAUUUUAGCCGAAGAUCGAGCUAUGAAGUUGGCAUAUCAAGAACUUCACGCAACAAAAGUUAUUGAUCAUAUUUAUCAAGAUAAUUUUGCCCGUCGCAAGAUGCUUGACUUACAAAACUACCGACUGAAGUUGAAAAUAGACAGAUUAAUAAAACUAAGGUUAGAGGAAGGUGACCUGGAAAUGCAAGAAGAGACUCAAUCGUUUAGUAAAACUCCGUUGGAAAUACAAAUUGGCAUUGUAACCGGUAAAGUUCAAGAUAUGAUUUUAAAAAAGGAAGCUGCGAUUACAGUAAAGACCACAUACAAGACUUUAAUUGAUAUAAUGAGAAAGGAUGCAAUUUAUUACGAUGCGGUGUUGGAAACAUUAAAAGAAGAUGCAAUGGCUCAGGGAUCGUGUUUAAUUCAAUCAACCACUUUAGGACAACUUGCGGUUGAAUAUGUGGACGAUAGAAGAACCGAAUUUGAAACAUUACAAACGUGCGUCAAGGAAGACAUGAAAAUACGUGUGAAAAAUUUAGCUGAAGUAAAAACGCAGAUUGAAGAGACGAUUAAAAACAUGCGUGGAUUAAUUCGGCGAGAUAGUGAUGUUACAAUGUGCAUUGACUCGCACAUUCCUGCAACUGAAAGCUGGACAGCUUUACAGAACCAAAUUCAAGAGUUUACUGAUCUUUUACAAAUACUUAAAGAAACAACGUUGGUGUCCAACUUUGAUGCUAUUUUCCCAUGUAUGCAAGAACAAGCACGUCAAUCGGAACGUCUAACACAAUUUGUAACUAACAACGAAGAAUCAAGAAAACGUUUGCAGGAGAUGAAAGCUCAUGCAGUACUUAUCGCAAACAAUCUUGAAAACAGUAUGAUAGACACCACCGAAUCUUACAAGGAAACAAAGAAGGAAUAUCUGGAAAUGAUCAGCGAGGAGCUCGAGAGAAAGGAGGAGAUGACGAACAUGUGCGAGAAACGCGGCAAACUAUUAAUUCAGAUCCGUAAAAUCUUGCAACAUUUGGAACACAUAACAUCCAAGGUGCAAAGCGAGGCGAAGAAGUCCACAGCGCUCACUUUCGAGGUGGAUGCGACUUUCUCUGAAGAUUCCGUUAUUCUUCCGCCCUUAGAAUCGGACGGACUUAAGACUAUUGUAUUACUUCGAGCGAAAAUCAACAUGCUGCUAACGAAAUUCUUCGAUUACGACAGAGAUAUGACCGAGGCUACUACUCUGGAGGCCGAAGAAAUGUACACGCAACUUAUAACCAAGACUUGCAAGACGCUGGACUUAUCCGCCGUAGUCGCCGAAUCUGAUCUAUUGGAAGGACUAAUGUUUGAAGAUGCAUUGAUACCGACCAGAGAAUUCAUCAAGACCGAAAGCGAACAGAUUGUAAUCAAGAUGCAACAGAUUGAAGAAAUGAUGUCGUAAUAAGACUCAAGCACAAUCAUUUCAAAAAUCAUUAGUAAGUUUUAAGUUUUGUUACUGUAUAAUCGAAACAUGAAGAACUACACCUUGCAAACGUUCGAACAAAUGUGACAAUAAAUUGAAUGAUUAUUCGGUUUCUUCCAA